CAGCAAUUCCAUGCCCUAGGCCGUAGAAGAUCCUAGGCGGAGGAGGACUCAUCCUGUGGUGGCUCCUUGCCUGAAUGAUAUAAAGGGGAAAUGAAGAAGAGCAUUGCUGCUUCUGUUCCUUUAGAGGACCUCCAGUCUUUGCCUUGGAUGUUAACUCCUGCCUUCCAGAGCAGACUUCGGCUUCUGGCGUGGAUCCUUCAGCCUCCAUCACAGACCCAUCAGCCUUCUGAUACAGACUCGCUCUGGACACUGCAGGGAGCUCCAGACCUUUGACUAAAUCCUUCAGUCUCUCGUUUGCAGACACCCUGUGCACUCGUCCAACUGGGUGGCCAUCGAAUGGACCAACUCCAACCUACUCCCAGAUGUUCAGUUGACCUAGCAACAUUUAAAGAGACCAGUCUUUCUCCCUGUUAACUGCAGUGGCACCUUUGUCUUGAUGCAGGUGACUUAAAAUAGACCCUUUGAACAGAUGGUCACCAUGCUGAGAUAUUAGCCAUCACAUAUGAGUAUGCCCACAUUUGAAAAUGGCAGAGGGAAAUAACAAUGAAGAGGUGAUUCACUUGAACAGUUUUCACUGCCACAGGGGACAAGAUUGGAUCAGUCUCAGAGAUGGGCCCAUCACCAUAUCUGACUCCUCUGAUGAGGAAGGGAUUCCAAUGCUGGUCACCCCAGCUCCUGAGCAGCAUGAAGAGGACCUGGAUGAUGACAUCAUCCUGACUGAAACAAAUAGACCUCAGACUUCACGACCCAAUCUCAUCAAACCAGCUGCCCACUGGCAAGAUCUGAAAAGAUUGGGAGAAGAAAGGCCUAAAAAGUCUAGAGCAGCAUUUGAAUCAGAUCAGAGCAGCUAUUUUUCAGUGUGUAACAACCCAUUGUUUGAUUCUGGGGCACAGGAUGAUUCUGAGGAAGACUACGGUGAAUUUCUGAAUCUUGGGCCUCCUGGCGUCUCUGAAUUCACUGAGCCAAGAAGUCAAGCAGAAGCAGAAUCCGAACCUGGACCCAAUCAUAACCAAGCCGUAAAUGAUAUUGUCAAUCCCAGAUUGGAGCAGAAGAUCAUUAUCUUUAGAGAAAGUGGCCUCCUCUUCCCAGAAAGUGAUCCUUUGGAUACUCAGAACCAGUCAUCUGAAGACUCGGAGCCAGAGCUAUUUUCACAUCUGGGAGAAUCGACUACUUUGGGAGAUGAUCCAGACAUCGAAGAAGACUACUGGCUCAACCAUCCGUACUUACAGUCUCUAAAACAACAGCCCCGUGAGGUAACAAACCAGGUUGUUCCCCAGGAGCGGCAUUCUAAAGGAGAACUUCGCUCCUUUGUAUUUCGGCACGAACUCCCAGUUCCUGCUUUUCCAAGGCCAGCUUUUCCAAAACCAGAACCCCAGCAAGAUGGGGUUUCAGGCCCUGCUUCUCCUCAGCCCAUACACCCGCUAGGAGAGCUUGAAGACCAACAGUUAGCAAUUGAUGAUGAAGAGCCAGGGCCAGCCUUUCCCCUGAGAGGAUCUAAGGAGGCCAAUUUGGAAAACCUUUGGGGACAAGAACCUCCUGAGGUAGAUCAAGAAUUCAUUGCACUAUUAGUGAAAGAAACAGAAGCAAGAUUUCCAGAUGUAGCAAAUGGGUAUAUUGAAGAAAUAAUUCAUUUGAAGAAUUAUUAUGAUUUGAAUGUACUUUGUAAUUUUCUUCUGGAAAAUCCAGAUUAUCCAAAGAGAGAAGACAGGAUCAUUAUCAAUCCCAGCAGCAGCCUUCUCGCCAGCCAGGACGAUACAAAGUUGCAUAAAAUAGACUACUUUGACUAUUCAAAAUUGAGUCCUCUUGACCAGCGCUGCUUCAUCCAAGCUGCUGACCUGCUGAUGGCUGACUUCAAAAUGCUCAGCAGUCAGGACAUUAAGUGGGCCCUGCAUGAGCUCAAAGGACACUAUGCAAUCACCCGAAAGGCCUUUUCUGAUGCCAUUAAAAAAUGGCAGGAACUAUCACCAGAAGCCAGUGGAAAAAGGAAAAAGAGAAAAGAAAUGAAUCAAUACUCUUACAUAGAUUUCAAAUUCGAACAAGGUAACGUCAAAAUAGAAAAGAGGAUGUUCUUUCUGGAAAAUAAGCGGCGACAUUGUAGAUCCUAUGACCGGCGUGCCCUCCUUCCAGCUGUGCAACAAGAACAAGAAUUCUACGAGCAGAAAAUCAAAGAGCUGGCAGAGCAUGAAGACUUUUUGCUUGCCCUGCAGAUGAAUGAAGAACAGUAUCAAAAGGAUGGCCAGCUGAUCGAGUGCCGCUGCUGCUACGGGGAAUUUCCAUUUGAGGAGCUGACACAGUGUGCUGAUGCUCACCUGUUCUGCAAAGAGUGUCUCAUCAGAUAUGCCCAGGAAGCAGUCUUUGGAUCUGGAAAGUCAGAGCUCAGCUGUAUGGAAGGCAGCUGCACGUGUUCCUUCCCAACCAGUGAGCUGGAGAAGGUGCUUCCACAGACCAUCCUGUAUAAAUACUACGAGCGAAAAGCUGAAGAGGAAGUUGCUGCGGCCUAUGCUGAUGAGCUUGUCAGGUGCCCCUCCUGCAGCUUUCCUGCUCUGUUGGACAGUGAUGUGAAGAGGUUCAGUUGUCCUAACCCUCGUUGCCGGAAGGAGACCUGUAGGAAGUGUCAGGGACUCUGGAAAGAACAUAACGGCCUCACCUGUGAAGAGCUGGCUGAGAAGGACGACAUCAAGUACCGAACUUCUAUUGAAGAAAAAAUGACUGCUGCCCGCAUUAGGAAAUGCCACAAAUGUGGUACUGGCCUCAUCAAAUCUGAAGGCUGCAAUCGAAUGUCUUGCCGCUGUGGUGCCCAGAUGUGCUACCUCUGUCGAGUGUCUAUAAACGGAUAUGACCAUUUCUGCCAGCAUCCCCGCUCACCAGGAGCCCCUUGCCAGGAGUGUUCGAGAUGCUCCCUCUGGACUGACCCCACUGAAGAUGAUGAGAAGCUAAUCGAGGAGAUCCAGAAAGAGGCCGAGGAGGAGCAGAAGAGGAAGAAUGGAGAAAACACCUUCAAGCGAAUCGGGCCCCCGCUGGAGAAGCCUCCCGAGAAGGUGCAGAGGAUGGAAGGUCUGCCUCGGCCAGUCCCGCAGAACUUGCCUCCGCCACAGAUGCCUCCCUAUGCCUUUGUGCACCCACCCUUCCCCCUGCCACCUGUGCGGCCCAUGUUCAAUAACUUCCCACUCAACAUGGGCCCCGUGCCAGCGCCCUAUGUGCCCCCUCUGCCCAACAUGCGCAUCAACUUCGACUUCGGUGCCAUGCACAUGCCACUGGAGCACAACCUGCCCAUGCACUUCGGCCCCCAACCACGGCACCGCUUCUGAUGGCCAGAGCUCCAGGGGCAGAGGGCCCUCACUUGGGCCCAGCUCUGCCCUGGUGUUCCCAGUGAGGAUGGCCACUCAGUGCUCAGGUGGGCUGAUUUUUUCCCCUCCAUCCCAGAAAAGGCCACUGUUCCUCUGAGCAGGUGCCCGUCUGGCUCUCACUGAGCUGACAUAAGGGCAGCAAAACCCUCUUCCCCAGUUCUGCCACCAUGGCAGUCAGCAUGGUGGCCCUGGCUGUGCCCAGGCCCUGUGUCUGCUGUGUCUUCAAGCCCCUGCAGAAAGAGGCAAGAAGAAAUAUCUGGCCUGUCCCCUCCCCUGAACAACAGAGCCAUCCAGGCCCAUCCACAGCACAGCCAGGCCCCUAGUAGACAUUGUAGCGAACAGCAGUGCCUGGAGAGAGCUAGGGUAUCUGAGCAGCCCCCAGGGAAGCCGGGAAUAGCCUAGUAUUCCUGCUGUACCCCCACAGCCUUGGCCCAGCGGCCCGCUGUCUCUCACACUCGUGCUUCCUCAGAGCUGGACCCUGGGGCGCACAUCAGCUGUGGGCCUCUCCCUUGGGCCCAGCAUCAGCAUCUGGGCCUCCCCAUCUUGAAGAGGCUGCUCUUGGCCCAACUGAGGGUAGCAGCUCCAUGGGCACAGGCCUGGGGCGCACAGUGUGGGGGCUGCAUUCCUCGGCCCUCAGCAGCUCAGACCCCAUUGCCAUCAUGGCACCCACUCAGGUCAGACAGCCCAGAGGACCAUCCCAUUGUUCAGCUUUUAUUUUGUUGGGUUUUGUUUUGUGGAGCGGUUUUUGGUUUUUUGAGACAGGUUCUCACUUUGUAGUGCAGACAGGCCUUGACCUCACUGUGUAUCCUAGGCUAGUCUCAGAUUCUGGGCGAUUCUCUUGCCUCAGCCUCCUGAGUGCUAGGAUUAUAGGCGUGCA